CCCCUUUGAACGUCGACAACCACCGUCUUACUCCAGCAACACCGUAAAGAUGGGUCACUCUCGCGGUCUGAGAUCCGGCACUCGGUAUGCCUUCUCUCGGGACUUUAAGAAGCAUGGCACUAUUGCCAUGUCGACAUAUCUGAAGACCUACCGGGUCGGUGAUAUUGUCGAUAUCAAGGUCAACGGUGCUGUUCAGAAGGGUAUGCCUUUCAAGGUCUACCACGGCAAGACCGGAGUUGUUUACAACGUGACCAAAUCCGCCGUCGGCGUCAUCAUCUACAAGCGUGUCGGCAACAGAUACAUGGAGAAGCGCGUCAACGUCCGCAUCGAGCACGUCAACCACUCCCGAUCCCGGGAGGAAUUCUUGAACCGAGUGAAGGAGAACGCCAUCAAGAAGCGAAAGGCCAAGGAGGAGGGUAUCCAUGUGCACUUGAAGAGACAACCCGUCGUUCCCCGGGAUGCACGGACAGUCAGCACGGAGAACAACUUCCCUGAGACCAUCAUUCCUGUUCCAUAUGAAACGACUAUCUAAUGGAAUGAAAAAAUUUCAACGUUUUAUGUGGCACUGGGCGUCUUUAUUUGGAGAAUCCUUCUUCAUUUUUUUCUACUUCCUACUACCCUAGCCUUCCGUCGAGGGUAAUGUUUGCAUAACGUGAAGGAGGAACGCUCUGAAAGCAUGGGAUAGACGGGUCAAAUAGGCCUCCGUUUUCGUGAUACAUAGAGUUCCUCGAGGCAUUAUUUACCUUGGAGGAGGGCUACUCUUGUUCAGGUCAUAUGGCAGGUCUAUGUUUUACAUAAUGAACAAAACCUUCGACGGUGCAAUAUACGAAUUCCUCCUACCAUUUUAUCCCAUCCUUUAGGCACUUUGACGCGGAUGAUAUCCAAAACUAUUAGUGAACAGAUCCCC